GCUUAUUGUAAACUUGAGUCAUUUGUCAAAAAAAAAUUUUGCUUUAAGCUAUUAUCUUUAUCAUCAAAUAGUGAAAGUAAUAAUUAUUUGCAUGGUUGUGUACUUAAUUUGCUUUUCUCACUCUAAGAAAGAUCAUCCUUCCUUACUUAUUAGUGAAAAUGUUUUAUUUACUUUAUAAAUAAUGAUGUAAAUAUUUCCAAUUAUAUUCGCAGCAGUUGUCCUAUACUUCUUAAUAAAGAAAUUCAUUCCAAAAGUAAAUUAAAAUGAAUUUAAAAUAAAUUAAGAAGCUUUAAAGAGCAGUAAAAAAGUAAAAAUUUUUGAUCAAAAUGACCCACCAAUUUCAAAUAAGUUCUCAACUAGAGUAUCAGUUAAAGACAGAUUUCUCUCUACAACAUUCAACAUGGGGAGUAAUAUAAAACCGUUAAAUCAUGAAAAACUAAACAAUGAAGACAUUGGUACUAAAACUAAAUUACGAACAGAUUCAUUAUUUGAAAAAACACUUAAACAAAUAAACACUUAAAAUAGUAUGAAUGCUUAUAAUGUUAAAAAUAGUUCAGUAGUUCCUUUAAGCGAUAUUAAUUUAAAAGAUAACAUCAACUUGUGAUUGAUUUAUGUUUCUUUAA